AUGCCGAUCCUCGACUGGCUUCCUCGUUAUGCCUUCAAAGAGGACCUUAUGCCGGACAUUAUCGGCGGACUCACUACUGGAAUCAUGCAUGUACCACAAGGAAUUGCGUACUCGACACUGGCCAGUGUGGAUCCCGUCUACGGCCUGUAUGCUUCGUGCUUUCCUGCGUUCUUCUACAUGUUCUUCGGCACGUCACGACAUGCCUCGAUUGGCUCAUUUGCGGUAGUAGCGUUGAUGGCCGGCGUGGCGAACGAUAACGUGAUGUCGAAGCAUGGCGGAGGGAUAGUGGAAUUAAUCAGGAACAACAGUCACUUCGAAGCUAUCACGCAUCCCGAAGUGACCCCCAUUCAAGUUGCCACCACACUCACGUUUGCUAUCGGAAUCUGGCAGAUUUUAUGCGGUUUACUUCGGCUUCAGUUCCUCAUGACGUACUUUUCGGAUCCACUCGUCUCCGGAUUCACCACAGGAGCUGCUGUACACGUUCUCGUUGCCCAAAUCGAUGACAUUAUGGGUGUGCGGGUUCCGAAGGCUUCGGGUGCAGGAUACGUUUUCAUUGUGAAUCCAGCUGCUCUGGUUAUAUCGCUUUUUUCAAUCAUUUUUUUAUAUGUUGGCAAAGAAUACUUAUCACCUUACCUCAACAAAAAGUUCGACCUCAAAUUACCCAUACCUUUCGAGCUGAUUCUGGUGGCGCUCACAGCCACAUUCUCUAACGUAUUUCACUGGCACGAGAACAACUCAGUGGAUAUCGUCGGAGCGAUUCCAGCCGGGCUUCCACAACCGGAACUGCCAACGAUGUCAAUUCUGAAGGAGUGCAUGAUGCAGUCGAUUGGUAUUAGUAUCGUCAUCAUAGCCGUACACAUUUCUAUGGCAAAAAUGCUCGGAAAGAAACUCGGAUACGCCAUUGACGACAACCAGGAGUUAUAUGCCAUUGGAUUGACAUCUCUUAUGGGAAGUUUCUUCUCCAUUUAUCCCGUUUCUACCGCUCUCGGAAGAACCAUGUGCGUGCUAGCCUCGAUCAUCACUGUCGCGCUGAAAUCGAUGUUUAUGAAGUACAGUGAACUGAAAAGUAUCUAUCCCGUUUCGAAGAUCGACUUUGCUUGA